AUGGCGUUGUUUAUCAGGUUACCACGAGUUUUUAAUGUUAUUAACAAUUGUUUAAACAAACAAUUGCCAAUUAACAAUACAUGCAUUGUACGACAUGUUGGUGGAUACCGGGGGUUGUUUAAUAAUCUUCCUAAAAAACCUGUACGAAAAUUAUCACUACCAUGGAUAUAUAAAGACAGAAGUCAACCGAUGGAGAUACCAGAGCCGACGCAACAAGAAGAACAAAUGGAAAAAAGUGUAAUAGAAGAAAUAAAUAAUCAAGUAUUAUCUAAAAAUACCUCAAGACUGUUUGCUAUCAUAGUACUGGCUGGCAAACAAUUCAAAGUAACAGAAAACGACCUGAUAGUCAUACAAGGAUACUGGCCACCUAAUCCAGGUGACAAAUUGAGGUUGGAAAAAGUAUUACUAGUCGGUGGUAUGGAUUUCACUUUGGUAGGCCGACCCCUACUUAACAGAGAGCUGGUGGGUGUAGAUGCCACCGUAGUUGAUAAAACAUUUUCUCAUACCAAGUACGAGUUUCGUUAUUUACCACGUAAACAGUUCAAGCGAUUACACAUGAUGAGAUCUCAGCUGACAACUUUGAGAAUAAACUCAAUCGACAUCAAAGGAGCCGUCGAUGAGAAGAAGGAAGUUGAAGGAUUAGAUCGUGUUUAUUAA